AUGGGUUCCGUAGCAGCAGAAACCAAGCAGCAGCAGCUCCCAGACGGCUACGUACAGCCCGCGGAGUUGCCACCAACAUCAUGGUCGAUCCUCCCCUCCGAGGAGCCAGAGUUCGUCUCAAUUGCCCAAACCUGGGUCGCCUCUCUAUCAAAGCUUCUAUCCUCCACCGCCGUAAACCAAGCCUCCCUAAGCAACAUCUUCCUCCAGAACUCGUACUGGAGAGAUCACCUCUGCCUAUCAUGGGACCUGCGAACGUUCCACGGGCCCUCCAAGAUGGAGACCUUCUUCGCACAGAACCCAACGAUCCGUUUGAAGACUGUCGAGAUCGAUUACAAGAACCCGGAGGCGGUCUCGUUGAUAACGUUGAUACCCGGACAGGAGUUUAGGGCCGUGCAGGCAUAUCUUAAGAUCACUACUGAGUUUGGGACAGGGCGAGGCUUGGUCAGGAUCUUUAGGGAGGGCCUGGGGGGUCAGCCAAAGGCAUAUACACUCUACACAGCACUAGAGGAGCUUAGAGGACAUGAAGAGCCAUUGGGUGAUAGGAGGCCGCAUGGUGUAGAUCAUGGCGCGAGACAGUCGAGGAUGAGCUGGAAGGACAGGAGGGAAGCUGAGAUUGAGUUUGCGAAUGGCGCUGAGCCGACUGUGUUGGUUGUAGGAGCUGGACAGGGUGGUCUUACAAUUGGUGCUAGGCUUAAGAUGCUGGGCAUUCAGACCUUGAUCAUUGAUAAGAACGAGAGAGUUGGCGAUAACUGGAGGAAGAGAUAUCACCAGUUGGUUCUUCACGACCGGGUCCAUUACGACCAUCUUCCCUAUAUUCCCUUCCCAGCUAAUUGGCCGGUCUACACUCCGAAAGACAAGCUUGGAGACUGGUUCGAAUCUUACGCCAAAAGCAUGGAACUAAACGUCUGGACCACUAGUACCGUAACUAGCACUAUCUGGGACCCCGUCAAAAAGCACUGGACCGCCACCAUCGUCCGUUCCACACCCUCCGGGCAAUCCACCCGUAUAUUCCACCCGCGGCACAUUGUCAUGGCCACCGGCCAUUCCGGCGAACCAAACAUCCCCGCCAUUCCCGGAAUCGGCUCAUUCAAGGGCGACCGCAUCUGCCACAGCUCGCAAUUCCCCGGAGCCCCGCAACCGUCGACGGGGAAGAAGGCGGUGAUAGUAGGGUGCUGCAACAGCGCUCACGAUAUUGCGCAGGAUUGGUAUGAGCAGGGUGCGCAGGUUACUAUGGUCCAGAGAAGCACGACAUGUGUGCUCUCCAGCGAGCACGGCAUGGACGAGUUGAUAAAGCCAAACUUCCAUGACAAUGGUCCACCCGUCGAAGACGGUGACCUGAAUAUGUACGGCACCACCGCCCCCGUCCUCAAACGCCUCCACAUCGACACCACAAAACGCAUCAACCGCCUGGACCGCGACCUUCUCGAGGGCCUCGAGAGCGUCGGCUUCAAGCUCGACAACGGCUCCUUCGACUCCGGCUUCGUCCUCAAGUACUGGGAGCGCGGCGGCGGCUACUACAUCGACGUUGGUGCCUCCGAGCUCAUCAUCAACCGCAAGAUCGCCAUCAAGCAGGGUCAAGAAAUCAAGCAGAUCCUGCCUCACGGCAUCGAGUUUGCGGACGGGAGUGUUCUUGAGGCAGACGAGAUUGUCCUAGCGACGGGGUACGAUAACAUGAGGUCUACCGCGGUGAGGAUAUUUGGGAAGGAGGUGGGCGAGAGGGUCAGGCCUGUGUGGGGGCUGGAUGAGGAGGGUGAGUUCAAGACGAUGUGGAGGAGGAGUGGGCAUGAGGGUUUCUGGUUUAUGGGUGGAAAUUUGGGGUUUGCGAGAUAUUUUAGUCGCUUUUUGGCAUUACAGAUUAAGGCACUUGAGGAGGGAUUGACAUCUUAUGAUAGGUAUUGA